AUGUUAAAACUAACAAUACGAAGAAUAACGUCACACAUUCUCGUCACAUUCAUAUUCAUAUCGACGAUCAUUCACUACAUAUCAAGAUGCAGCUUUGGUGAAAACUGCGAGACAGAAUUAGCUCCAUACUAUGACACUUGCAAGAUAAAAAACAGUUUUGCCUUGACAUUCGACGAUGGACCACACAAGUACACGGAUGAUUUGUUAGAUGCUCUGCAAGAUACAAAGUCUACAUUCUUUGUGUGUGGACAUACGUAUUCAUGUAUAUACGACAAUGCAGAAACGCUACGUCGCGCGUAUUUAGCGGGUCAUCAGAUUGCCCUUCACACAUGGUCACAUCCAAACCUCAACACGCUGACCCGCUCUGAAAUUCACUCGGAACUAACCAGCCUCGAAACAGCACUCCGCAAAAUAAUCGGGGCGGUUCCUCGUUAUUUCCGUCUUCCCUAUGGCGCGGGGGCCGGAAAUGCAACGCUAAUGAGUGUGUUGCGUGAAUAUAAUUAUACCGUUAUCGGAUGGGAUAUCGAUGCUGGAGAUUCGGUUGGAAGCACAGUGGAGACUAGUAAAAAACAAUACGCCAAUGUCUUGAAAUGGAUGUGGUUAAAACGGCGAUCGCAUAUUUCAUUGCAGCACGAUCCUAUCGAGAGCACGUCGAAAACAUUGAUCGGUUGGGUUAUCAAGUAUAUCAAAGGAUUUGGGUAUGAGUUUAGGACUAUUGGCGAGUGUUUGGGAGAGAAUGAUUGGAGGAGUUGGUACAAAGAGAUUACAACUUCGCAAGAAAGAGACGAAACUUGGGUUUGUUAA